AUGACCUGUUUUGCUACGGUUCCUUUUGCAGCGCCCUGGGCUGGUUUUUCAGCAGGCAAUGCCAUACCACAUACGGUACGUGUUGCUAUGAACUGUCUGCAAGCUUGUCAAACUCUUCCUUGGUCUGCCAGAUCGCCAGAUAAAAAUAAUUUUACAAGCUUCUUAUUAGAUUGUCAAUACAUUCCUAUACAAUUGAAAAGAGGAGAAGAGGGAAGGGAAAAGGGCCAAACACAUGAAACUGGUUUCCCCCCAGAGGGCGUAUUCGAGCGUUGCGAUCUCCACUCCAAUAUCGAUAUCCUCUCGAUUUUGGCGGUAAAUCCCAGUUGUGAGCUUCGUUUGUUGGUAAACGGAAACAAAUUACCUGCACGACUUCUCGCUAGAAGGUUUGCAACUGUUUACUACAUAGUUUAUUCACUUAGUAAUAACUUGGAAAAUAAAAACGCCCUCGAAAGUUCUUUGGCCAUUCCGUCCAAACCAGAGCCGGUCGAGGGUCAGCCGACAGGAGAAGAGGGGGAUGAGAAGGGGAAGCCACUUUCAAGUGCUUGGCAGGCGGCUUUGAGUGCCACUGCCAUGGACAAAGAGAAGCAAGAGAGGAGAAGGGUACAGAGGAAACCACCAAAAGUGGUUGAGAGACCAGAGCGGGCACUCUUCUUCUUUACACUCAAAAAUCCAAUACGUAAAUUCUGUAUAAAUGUAGUUGAAUGGAAGCCUUUUGAAGCUCUCAUACUUUUAACAAUUUUUGCCAAUUGUAUAGCCCUUGCUGUGUUUACACCUUUUCCAUAUGGUGAUUCGAACAGUGCAAAUGCUUUUUUGGAAAAAAUAGAAUACAUAUUUUUGGUGAUAUUCACUGCUGAAUGUGUGAUGAAAAUCAUAGCGUAUGGUCUGGUGCUCCAUUCUGGUGCUUAUCUUCGCAACACAUGGAAUCUUCUGGAUUUUAUUAUUGUAGUUAUAGGUGUGAUAAGUACUGCUUUUUCAAAUCUCAUGAAAGAUGGCUUUGAUGUUAAAACUCUUCAAGCAUUCCGUGUUGUUUGUCCUCUGAGGCUUGUAUUGGGGGUGCCAAGUAAGUUCAUUCACAAAUCUUAAUUGGUUUUCCUUUUUAUGUGCUUUAAAUUUAAAGCAAGAU